AUGUCACAGGCUCUUGAUCAGGAAAUAACAAACCUUCACUUGCAAGAUGAAACGAUCUAUCGCCGCGUAACAGAGAAAGAAUUCCUUGUGCAGUGCAAACGCUUGAAUCAUGUAUGGAUGUCUAUGGGAAAAUCUGCCGGUCUAGAUGAACGAUUUGCACACUAUAAGAAAACAUUAUUAUUAUUAUUAUUAUUAUUAUUAUUAUUAUUAUUAUUAUUAUUAUUAUUAUUAUUAUUAUUAUUAUUAUUAUUAUUAUUAUUAUUAUUAUUAUUAUUAUUAUUAUUAUUUAAGCAAUUGGGACGUCGAGCAGCAGAUAAAACUAUGGAUACAAGCAUGCCUUUUAUUCCGGGUAAUUUCUACGCUAAACCAUUCCCAGUAAUUGUGGUCGAUAAUCAUACUGAAUUCGGGGAGAAAAACGAUGCAGAGUGGCACGUACCAGAUUACCGGUUAAUAUUUUCUAUGAAUAACGUGGUUCCAUUGAUUUGCUAUGCACUAAUUUGGUACUGUGUGAACCUAUUGGUGAAUGCGUACUGUUGGACCACAUGGAAAGAAGGAUUCCGAAGACGUCGACUCAUUAAUUUGACCACGUCACUUAUUCAUUCAACGAUUUCGGGUGGAUUUCUACUUGUUUAUUUCCUUCGAAAUGCUCGUUUAAUGUUUGCAUCACCGAUGCACUACUAUAGCUACCUAGAGCUACAAGUUGUUCUGUUCUCUAUAGGAUAUUUUGUCUACGAUUCAGUCGACAUGGCUAUAAAUGACACAAUAAAUGUAAACAGCGUUGUGCUACUAUUCCAUCAUCUUUCUUCGGUGUUUUUUCUAUCUGUUUGCGUGAAUACACAUAAAUUCCUGCUUUACUCUUACUGGGCCCUUUUGAUGGAGGUUUCCUCCAUCUUCCUCCACUGUCGUUCAUUGCUGAAUCAAAGCAAGCUAUCCACGUCAUCGAUGAUUGGUCUGUACAAAGCGAUCUCCUACCUCAAUAUCGCUGCCUUUUUGCCUUUUCGAUUUUUUAUUCAACUGUUUCUCAUUUUGUGGGCAUUCACGAAUAUCUACAACAUGCACUGGUACUACUUCGCAAUGUGGAUGUUAGGAUCUUCAUGUUUCAUUGUAAUCAACGGUGGGCUCUUCCUGAGGAUACUUCACAGCGAUGGGUUUCUUUGUUCAAAGCUUUCCAAGGAACAGUUGGGAGGAUUAGCUGAAGAUUCGGAAUACAAAAUAGUUGAAAGAGAUGAAUUACUUGAAAAAGUCUCUCCACCAACUAUUGCAACUUUAGAUUUGAGCUACACUUCUUUUGGAGCUGAAGGGUUUUGGUAG